CAAAAGGCGAGGCUGGCCCCGCCCCUUGCACCGCCCACGUGGCCAGCGCCACCUGCCUCAUUGUGCCCAGGAGUUCUCCAAACCCGCGCUGCGGAGUCCUUCCUCGGGAGGCGGCGAAGGCGGUCCACCCUGCGCGUGAUCCUUUAUGCCCGGCCCCUGCCCCUCCCUCCGGGUGGAACUUCACCCUCACCGCCAGACUUAAGCUGAGGACCGUUGGAUCUCUGGCGGGUGCAGAACUGAGCCCAGGCCACAGUACCCUAUUCACGCUCUGUGCUUGUGCCAAGGUUUCAAGUGAUCCUCCCGCCUCAGCCUGCCCAGGUGCUGAGAUUACAUGUAUGAGCCACUGCACCUGGAAAGGAGCCAGAAAUGUAAAGUGCUAGCUGAAGGAUGAGCAGCAGCUAGCCAGGCAAAGGGGGCAAUGGCGGCUUCCUGUGUUCUCCUGCACACUGGGCAGAAGAUGCCUCUGAUUGGUCUGGGUACCUGGAAGAGUGAGCCUGGUCAGGUAAAAGCAGCUGUUAAGUAUGCCCUUAGUGUGGGCUACCGCCACAUUGAUUGUGCUGCUAUCUACGGCAAUGAGCCUGAGAUUGGGGAGGCCCUGAAGGAGGACGUGGGACCAGGCAAGGCGGUGCCUCGGGAGGAGCUGUUUGUGACAUCCAAGCUGUGGAACACCAAGCACCACCCCGAGGAUGUGGAGCCUGCCCUCCGGAAGACUCUGGCUGACCUCCAGCUGGAGUAUCUGGACCUGUACCUGAUGCACUGGCCUUAUGCCUUUGAGCGGGGAGACAACCCCUUCCCCAAGAAUGCUGAUGGGACUAUAUGCUACGACUCCACCCACUACAAGGAGACUUGGAAGGCUCUGGAGGCACUGGUGGCUAAGGGGCUGGUGCAGGCGCUGGGCCUGUCCAACUUCAACAGUCGGCAGAUUGAUGACAUACUCAGUGUGGCCUCCGUGCGUCCAGCUGUCUUGCAGGUGGAAUGCCACCCAUACUUGGCUCAAAACGAGCUAAUUGCCCACUGCCAAGCACGUGGCCUGGAGGUAACUGCUUAUAGCCCUUUGGGCUCCUCUGAUCGUGCAUGGCGUGAUCCUGAUGAGCCUGUCCUGCUGGAGGAACCAGUAGUCCUGGCAUUGGCUGAAAAGUAUGGCCGAUCUCCAGCUCAGAUCUUGCUCAGGUGGCAGGUCCAGCGGAAAGUGAUCUGCAUCCCCAAAAGUAUCACUCCUUCUCGAAUCCUUCAGAACAUCAAGGUGUUUGACUUCACCUUUAGCCCAGAAGAGAUGAAGCAGCUAAAUGCCCUGAACAAAAAUUGGAGAUAUAUUGUGCCUAUGCUUAUGGUGGAUGGGAAGAGAGUCCCAAGGGAUGCAGGGCAUCCUCUGUACCCCUUUAAUGACCCGUACUGAGACCACAGCUUCUUGGCCUCCCUUCCAGCUCUCCAGCUAAUGAGGUCCUGCCACAACGGAAAGAGGGAGUUAAUAAAGCCAUUGGAGCAUCCA